GAAAGAAACACAGCCCGAGCGCAAGGAGGUGAAAGACAGAGAUCGCGUGGCCCACUGAUCAUGACUGACGUGAACCGCCCGCUCUCACAUGCAGAUCCGGGGCUUGACAAGGUUUGCGAUCGUGCCGCGGUAUCUCUGAGAUAGACGUAACGAAGUCAUUCGCGGGAGCACUCCUGGGCUGAACUGAACCGCCUCGAGGUCAAAUAUAAGCAUCAGCGCCUCAUCGUCUGCACGGUCUGGGUAUCCGUUCCAUUAACGAAGUUCAUUGUCACGACAAACGUCUCGCUUUCAGCUCUAUUUCAUCACCACCACAUAUCUAGCCGUACAAACAAGAUGGGUCUCAAAGACGAUGCAUUUCCCUCCUCCGAGGCAUUUGACACGAUUGCCGCCGCUCUCUCCAGCGAGAAAGACAAGAAGGACGCUGUCAAGCAGGGAAACGCCAUUUUCGCAUUCAACUUGAAGAACGCUCAGGGACAUGAGAAGGCAUGGCACCUGGAUUUGAAGGAGACUGGGAAUGUCGGCGAAGGUCUGGCGCCGAGCGGCAAGAAAGCUGAUGUCACCCUGAACCUCUCCGAUGAGAACUUUGCCAAGCUUGUAUCUGGCAAGGCCAACGCACAGAAGCUGUUCAUGAGUGGUAAACUCAAGGUUAAGGGAGCUGUGAUGAAGGCUACAAAGAUGGAGCCUAUCCUCAAGAAGGCUCAGACGAAGGCUAAGCUCUAGACGGAAGGACUGGACUGCAUUUUGGACAUGGGUAUGAUAUAGCGGGCAGAGAAGUUUCUUCAGGACACCACACGAUGUGCAUUGGGUAGUCUAGGGAGGAAAAGUUGAUGCCAGAAUGGCAGUCAAUGUGGCUGAAUCUGGCUGAAUUCAUAUUCCCGUGUGCCUAUUGCGCUCUUGAUGAUACCAGGUAACUUGUGAGCUCUGGGUAACCC